GUCAACCUAAUAUGUAAAUUUACAAUUUAAUCACAAUAUUUCAUGUCAUUAAGUUUAGGUCAUCUGCAUAUCUCGAAACUGAUAAAUCUAUCACAUAGUUGAUUGAAACAUAGGUUACACAACCCCAUUCGCAGUAUUUUUGGUCAACCGGAAAAUAAUGAAUAUCCAGUUAUGUUAAUAACGAAGAAACACUUAUGGAAAGAAGUAAUUUUGAUACAGGAAAGUACGAUAUAGCAGAAAAUGAUUCAGAUAAUAAUGUUGGUUAUAAGAAUGGAUUAACCUCAUCAUUUACGCAAACAAAUAAUUCAUACUCCAAAUUACAUUAUAUAACUCCUAGAAAAACCCAUAUCGUUAAGGAUUUGUGCACCCAAACGAGUAAAACAUUGAUUCCAGAGACUAGUAAUUUUGAAUCAGCCCCCGAUAUUCUAAGUCCUAUUAAUCGUAUUUGUAAGAGUAACAAUCCAUUUUGUACUAUUGAUUAUGUAAAACAUACAACUAAAGAACGUGAAGAAUUACAUAAUGGAUUGUGCCACGAAGGUGAGAAUAGGAAUAUUAAUGUUAGAGAUGAAUCAUAUGUCUCUCCCAGAACCUUGGCCUCAUUACCAUUCGAUCGUUCUUUUAAUGUUGUUAAUUUUUUCAAACAAGGACAACCGCAACAAAAAGCCCUUCUUUCUGGGACCGUUUUAACGCGAACAUACUUAGAAAAAAAUAAAAACAAAUUGAAAAAACAACAUAACCUGGAAAUGGAACCUUCAUUGGAAAUAAGACCCGCUAAUACGCUAAAAAGUCAGUCUUAUGUAGAAAAACCAUAUUUUUGUAAAAUACAUAAAGAACCCAAAAGAUUUUACGAAAAUAGUGAGGUAUUCGAAGAUAAAAAUAAUAAAUCUCCAAAAAACUAUUUUUUAAAAGUCAGCGAAGUUACCCAAACAGAAGGAAAAGCCAAAACUUAUUCCUUCAUGUCUCCUACAAUUGCCAGUGAGCGAAAAAAUAAAAGUUUACAUAUUAAAACCAUAGAAAGACUUAUUUCCCCAACGCGAUUAGGUAGAUCCAUUACUGUCAAGAACAAUAAAACACCACGGUCUCAUGAUUGCUCAUACGUUCAUGUCCCUGUUAUAGAUAAACAUAAAGAUACUGUUCAAGUAUCCGGUGCUAAAUUGCUAAAACAACAACACACCACUCUUAAGAAUAAUGUUAUACAGAGACAUAUUUCGCCUUCUCGAAGAGGCAGGUCCAUUAGUCCGAAUCACAUUAAAUUAACACGAGCCCGUGAUUCCUCGUAUAGUCAUGCUCCUUUGAGAGAUAAAACUAAAGCAAAUAUUCGAGUACCUGCCCCCAAAUUACAAAGACAACCAUUAGAUGCCAGCCAAAAUGAGAAGAGUUCGUAUCAAGAUUUAAGCUUCAAGGGUGAAUGCUCAACCUCAUCAAUAUCAGAUUUAAAUCUUGUUCAUGCGCUGUGUAAAUUGAGGGAUCCUGAUUGGAAUACCUCUCUACGAGGCCUUGGUGAAAUAAUAGAGCUCUGCAAAGUGAUAGAGAUAGAAUCAAUUUAUCCACACAUGACUAUGAUAAACCAAAGAUUAGUAGACUUAAUUAAAAGUUCCCGAUCCCAUGUCAGUAGGUAUUCUUGUCAGGCACUUGGACAUCUCUUCGAAUACGCUAAGGACACCAGAAGGCCAGAAUUCUGUGAACUAGUCGAUACUCUUCUUUCUAAAUGUGCCUCCGCAAACAAAUUUAUUCGACACGAUGCCAACCUGGCGUUAGAUUGUAUGGUGACUCACAUUCCGAUAUUUCAUUCCGUUCGGGCUCUUUGCGCUAACGGCCCACAACACAAAAACCCGUUAGUGCGCACAGCAGCUGCUAGGUUACUGGUGUGUGCGACAGUUCUAGCUGUACCGCAUAUCUUGCAUCCUCAAAGCAAUGAGCAUACCAGGAGAAGAAUCAUACAGACGAUGGUUAGUUUUCUAGAAGAUAAGCACGCUGAAGUUAGAAAGUAUGGCGAAAGAUUGUAUAAAAUGCUAUGUAAGGAAAGAAUAUUUGACUUGUAUCUCAACAAGUACCUCGAAAAAGAUGUGGUAAAUAAAAUGAAGAAGAUUAUAAAAGUGGGUAAAAUAUGAGACUUAAGAUGAAGUAAUGUAAUGUAGUAUAUUAUAUAUUUAUAUUAUAACGAUUUUGAGUAUUAUUUAU